AUGACUGUUAUGCACAGUACCAGCUGGAUGCUUUCCAUCAAAAGCCAGCUCCGACUUUCUUUAAUUUCAGUCCUAACGGGGUUUCAUCUUCCACUCAUCUUUGCUCUUCUCAGUCUAGCAGCGGUGGCACUGGCAAACCAUGCUGCUCAACCAGCACCUCAACUUUACUGGAACUCCGUCCUGCCAAACACACAAAUGCCAAGAGCUAUCAGUGAACUUCUGCAUCCUGACUCCACAAACGAAGAAAAGAGCACAAAUGUCAUGAAUGCUGUUGGGAAUGGAAAGCCAAUUGACCACAAGGGCAACCUGAAAAUACUGUACUACCACAGCUUGCACGACGCCCAUUUUCUUACAAGAGUGAUGAUCGUCCCACUGACAAUCAACUCCAUUAUAAAAACGUAG